UUGUGAACUCUGCCCCCAUAGGACGAGGAGACAUUUUGUGUUUGUCUAAGCGCAGCCAAUUAUCACAUGUUCCGAGCUAAAAAGAAGCACAAUCGAGUGCGUGAUUGGUCCAAUCAGCAUGAAAGCAGGCAGUGGGUGUUGAACGAGGCGGAUACUACGACUGAUCAGCACGACAAUAGUCCCCUGCUAGGUGCGAGUCUGCGCCUUUGUCGUUCAUCCGAUUCCCUAUCAUUUGACGCUGCGGAUGUCGGAGAUGUGAUGGAACUUGAUAGACAGUCACUCACCACUGAUGUCGACCGCUUCUCUCAAGCGGUCAGUCAACUGAAGACGACUUUGUCUUCAGUCCCCGGCUCUGGAUACUGUGAGAGAGCCAUUGACGCAGGAUCGUCAGGAUCGUCGAGAGAGCGCGUGGAUCAGGCUGAGCAGCCGACAGUGUCAGAACGUGCUGCUGACUUGGUGCGGUGGUUGGGAGAAGUGAAGACUGUUGUCAUCUCCGUACUGAAUAGGCAUCCGCGCGUUCAUUCUACGGGCAUUUUCUCUUCUCUUGGCUCUUUGAUGAGCAAGUUCAAAGAGCACAGUGAGGAGAGAGUAGAGAAUGUCCCUGGUGCUCUUGAAGCAUUAGAACAACUUACCCAAGCUUUCAUAACAAGUGUAACUGAAUACAUGCAGGGAGAAAUUGUUGAUCCACGGUCACUGCCUAUUCCAGGCAUCAGCAGGGAAUCGUCGAUGGAUAGCAUAUUGUCUGCGUUGCAGGAGAAUGGAAAUGCACGUGGUGCAUUCUCUCCUCCUGAGUCUCCACAGUCUCGAGUUUUGUCGCCAUCGUCAGAUAAAGUAGCAAAUGAGGCAUGUCAGGCGUUGAUGAGACUAGAGAAUGGGAUGGACAUUUUACUUAAGUACUGCAAGUCCUGGUCACGAUACGUGAAAGAGUUGACUGGUUUUGUUGAGAAGACAUCACAAUGCAAAGUCGAUCACUGUUCUCGCAUGAUGAAGAUGACGCGCGGAAUGAGAGAGACGUUAGUGGAAAUGGACGGCUUUGGACUGCCUUUCUGUUCAUCAUUUAAUACUUGGCUUGAACAGGAUCUUGAUCUGUAUCGAAGAUGGCAUGACACGUUUAAAUCUCAAGUUUUUGUGAAGUUUGUUGAGCCGCUGAAUCAGCAUAGAGAUGAACAUGAGAAGACAAGAAAAAGCAUUAAAGAAACUUGGAAAGCACAUCAGAAGAAAGUGGCUGAGAGUGUGGGUCAUCUGAAGAAGUCGUACUCAAGAUACGUUCAGCUUUGUGAUGAUAGGGAUCGAGCAGGUGCUAAGGCAGCUCAAAUGGAGAAAGACGAGACAGUAACAUUGGCAAAGUUGGAGAAGAAGAAACAGCAGGAGGAAGACUUGAAAAUAAGGGCAAAUGAUGCAGAGUACGUGUACAAACAAUGUGUAAAUGAUGCGAAUCAAUGUCUUGCUAAUAUGGAGACGUUUCGUAACCGCACACUCGAUUCAAUGUGCCACGCCUUUAUUCGAGAUGAAUAUCUUCUCAAAGCAACCAUGUUGGACUAUGCUCAUCUUGAGCGGGACCUGGUUGCCAACGUUGCUGAUGAGAUAUCACGUAUAGCUGAUGGCAUUAGUUCGUAUCCUUUAUGUUCACAGCUUGUAGACACUCUUCACUCACAGUCAGAGUUAAAUCAAGCUGUGAACGAAGAUGGCACUUCUUCUGCAGUUCAGACCUUUGCCAGUUUUGGUCGUUACCCGUAUGAGCCGUAUGGGUUUGCAGGCAACAAGCGACGCAGUGCCAGUGAUCCAGACCUCACAAGACCAGAUAUUGAUAUACCGACUCCCUCUAGAUCAUACACAAUCACAGAGUCUCUACCAUUUAUGAUGUCUCCUAGUAGAAAGCCUGGUGGCCUUGCAUCACUCACAGCUAAACUGACAACAAUGGUGACGGGUAAUAAGGAGACUGAUGAGAUGGGCAGCAAGAAAACCUUGUCUGUGCCAGACAAGCUACUUGUCUUAAGACCUCCUGGGCAAAGAGUGAAGAGACCGUCAUCUAUUGCUGGACCAUUGGCUGAUGGCAUUAGAGUGAACGAAGAUGGUGUAUUGACAGUCGAUGUUGGUGAUCGAUCUCCUGCUCGGCGCUUGAAACGCAAAGUACGAAGAGGGCAGUUCAGACCAAAAGAUGCAGAUACAAGUCAUUUGACACCAGAUGAUGCAUUGAGUGGUCCACAAAGAAAGAGAACAAAUCUUUCUCGUCGACCGACAUUUUUUGGAGUUGAUUUAUCUCGUCAGCUGCGAAUAACUGGCCGGCCAGUCCCUCUUCUUGUCUCAAAAUGUGUGGCGGAACUAAAUGAGAGAGGAUUAAGAACACAAGGACUUUACCGCGUUCCGGCAGCUCAGUCCAAAAUCAAAGACUUGUGCAGGAAAUUUGAGACAAACGCAGAGGGAGUGGAUUUGAGUGACACUCACUCUCAUGUCAUGGCAUCAGUUCUGAAGUUUUAUCUAAGACAGUUGCCUCAACCUCUUCUUACGUUUAAACUUUAUCCUCAAUUUGUUGCAAUUGCAAAGAAGUGGCAAUCUGAACAAACGCAUAGAAGACUUCGGAAAUCACCCAAGACAUCUCGCAGCCACUACUCACUUCAUUCUGAUUCGUCUGGACCUUUUCCCGACAUGAUCGAGAAGGAUAGCAGUUUGCCUCGUAGUACAAGUCAAGGUGUGUUUCCAAGAUCAAACAGCAAGGGCGACAGUCCAGAAGCAGAAGGAGAAGUGGAAAUGCUGAACCCACUUGUGGCAGAACUAAAAGCAAUUGUUGAUCAAUUGUCACCGCCUUAUUAUCAUACAGCUGCCACACUCAUCAAUCACUUGACAGAAGUUGCUGCUCAUGAAGCAGAAAACCAAAUGAGUGCAAGUAACUUGGCAAUUGUGUUUGGUCCAAACAUUUUGAGACCACGUAGUGAAAUUGAAGCAUCGAUGUCUACUCUUAUUGAAAUGCAGCACCAGUUGAAAGCUGUUGAGAUGCUCAUCCGCCAUUCAGAGGUUUUCACUAGAGUCCCAACUAAUGGUGCAGAUACCAAGGAGAUCACAUUAAAUGAAGAAGCUAAUAUUAUUGAUGACAGCAGUGAAGAAGAGAACUUUGUGAGGCCAUGUUUGAGACGUCACAGCAGUGCUGACAUUCUUUCUAAUCCUGCCAUCAACACUGGGACUCCUGGAACCCCUCCACUAAGGAAACGUCAAUCAAUGACAGAACUAGAAGAUCUCUUCUCACUUGUAGCUGGUGCAAACAAAAUGAGACUGAACACACAGAGAACAAAGGCUGGUUAUGACUUGGAACAUGAUGAUACUCCAAAGGAAAAGCGCCGUCAGAGAUAUGCUGAUGAGUUUGAAGCUCUGCAAUCAGAGAUGUUUGGUGACCAAACAAACAUAUCGACUUUGCAUCGGCGCCUGAGUGACUCUGAUGGUGCAGAUCCUCUCCUACUGCCAGGUGCUGUGACCGAUGACCACAGUUUCUCAUCAAAGCCUGCCCUCACACCACCAAUGCGCCUUUCUCCACUCAGUCACAGUCUUGUUGAACACUUUGACUUAAACAUUCGCACUGCAACCAGUCCGGGUGUAUCAACAAGUUACACGGUAAUGAGAGAAGCAGCAAGAGCUGCACAGUCUACAGAAAUGGCGGUCAACAAGCUGACAGCUGGUCUGUCAGGCGUGCAAGACCAGAGUCUAGAAGAGGUGAGACGAGUUAAGAGUCAAUCACCAGCCUCAUCUCCAACUACAAAGACUGCUGCACGACGAUCUGAAUCUGAUGCUACUUCACAUAUGUCUACGCACAAGCUCACUGCUCAAUCACACGUUUAUUCAGAUAAGUUUACAGAACAGCCAAGCGAUGAAGACGAAGAAGAAGGGUCGUCUGUAUUGGAACUGCUCAUAACUGGGUCACCACAGCUUCACUCACAUCGUCCUUGUACAUUUGUAUCUGCUGCUACAGUAGCUCACAAAAUGCAUACGACAACAUUGGAAGAAGACGUAGAGAGAGCUUCUGACCACACCCACACAUGCACUGCCACUCUCACACCUUCAGAAUCGGCAGGAGUAGACCGAUCAACAGCAAGCCUUGCAUCACUAAGGGAAGACAUCAGUGGGUUGAUGCAGAGAUUUGAUGAACAAAUCUCUGUGUUAGAGACUCCACCUGGAUCGCCAGCCUUUAUUCGGCGACGACAUCAAAAUCGAAUGAAACACAAAAAGACAAAGAGCUUUGAUAGUCUGGCAUCAAAGGUCAUCACCAUGAGUAAGAAACCUGUGGACUCGGCAGUGCAAUCUAUGGACUCGUUGCUAUCAACAAGUGAAGAGCUUCUAGCAUCACCGCGGUCAACAGAUAGCAGAUUAGUAGCAUCAGCCACUAAUUCACGUAGUCAUCCAUCUAUUACAGUCGACACAGAAGAGGAGCCAAUGACUGUGCAAGUAAAGACAGAAUGGAGAGUGGAGGAGUCGAGUGAUCUCAGUCCUGUGAAUGACAGAGACAGUGGCAUCUCCGAGCAUCCACACUCAGGUACGACUGCUAGUGCAAGAACACCUGAAACAUCCCCCGUUCCCGUUCCCAAGCGGAAGACAAGAAAACCCGAGUUUGUAUAGGAAACUGUUCCUUUCUUAGUUAGUUAGUUAGUUGGUUGGUUGGAUCAGACCAUAAUGUUGAUGUGGAUUGGAAAGGUGUGGCACCUUGUUAUAAGAGAAAGUUAGAGAACGUGUAGUCAGGAGACUGCAUGUUAACCCGUUUACUUAGCCACUUUACACUGAAUGAGGAGAUUGCACUGUACAUGAAAGCUUGUAAUUGGAUUUCUAUUCUAUUUGUAUGCAGGGUAUUGGGAACAGACAAUAAGACAGUCACCUUGUCA